CCUUAAGCCUUCAACACAUACAAAAGUGACACACCAAAUCAAAGACACCUGAGCCAUUCAAUUCCCCUCCUUUAUUGCUUUCAAGUUUCAACACUAAUUUUAUUAUCUGAAAAAAUGGCUUUCAAAGUUUCGUUUUUCCUUGCACUUGUUCUAGUUUCCAAUAUCCUCCUCCUUGAUACAACAGCUGCUGGACGCAGCAUUGGCGAAAACUCCAACACAGAGGAAAAGAAAGAGCCUGAGUUCUUGUUCAAGCAUGAAGGUGGGGUGUAUAUUCCAGGGAUUGGACCUGUUGGAUUUCCACAUAAAUUUCAUCUCACACCUCAAAAUCCAUUACCUGGUGGCAAUGGAAAUGGAGGAGCAGGAACCGCAACAGGAUCAGGAUCACCACCAGGUAGCAGUUAUGUUCCUGGUGGUGAUGACACUUUUGUCCCAAACCCUGGUUAUGAGGUUCCCAUUCCCGGCAGUGGUGGAAGUGUUCCAGCACCAGCUGCACCAUGAGUUAACUCAUGCAUGAUUAAUGUGAUGCAUGGUAGUUAAUAAGGUGGUUAUGCUUAAGUUUGUCUUUUUCUUUCUGUUUUCUAGCCAUAAUAAUAACUUAUCAUAAAUAAGUAUGCUCCAUGUGCACAUUGGUGUAUAUGGUGAACACCAUGGAUUGCCAAGUCAUUCUGUUUGUUCUUGUAGUCUUGUUUUAAGAUGAAUUGAGUGUGACGUAAGCUUAUUUGUUUUUCGAAGUAGUUGCUGAUGAAUGAGUCCUCAAAAAUAAUUUCUGUUAUGAUUCCAAUUUGAUAUUCUCUUUUCAUGCACA